CCAUCUCUAUAGCUGAAGCACAUGGUGAAUGUUAGUUCUGGGCUUUGGGUGCAAAAUUCAAAAUAAUUUGACCGAUUUGAAACCAAACAAGCCGCCAACAUGGGCGGCCACCACAAGAAGAACCUGCGGGCGGAGAAGGCCAAAGUGAAGCUAAAAGGCGCCAAACUCCCCAAGGGCCUGAACGUGACCAAAACGGACUUCAAGGUGCGCAAGAUCGAGAUUCGGGAGCAGUUAAAGGAGUCCUCAUACACGGAAACCGGUCUGCGGCAGUUCAAUCUCAAGGAGACCCUCUCCCGGUUGAAGCACCACAGCGUCAAGUUCCGUCAGGAUGCGCUGCGUAACGUGAGGGACUCGGUGAAGGCUGGCAAUGCUGAUCACUUGAUCGGCCACCUCAACGACCUGUUCCAGGGAAUUGCUGCCGGUGCACUGGACAUGGAGCGUUCAGCCAGACAGGAAUCGUUCAAGACUCUCGACGUGCUUCUGGAGGCACUGCAGCCAUCGGCAGUGGCUCCCUUCUUCCAUGUGAUCGCCACAUACUUGCGUUGUGCCAUGACCCACGUGCUUCCCGCCAUCCAGGAAGACUCCUUACUAAUGCUAGACGUGCUGCUCCAGCGGGUACCACCGGCUCUUUUGGCGGAGCGCAGUGCCAGCGUCAUCAUCGGCAACUUCAUUGACAUGAUAUCCCGCUCGCGCCACGACAACGAGAAGGCCAAUCGCACACUGACUCUGAAUCUUGGCCAGGGAAAGCAGACCACUGUGAAGUGGCGCACCAAAGUACUGAUCCGCCUGCACCAGAUACUGGGCACUCUGGCUCAUCAAGGCGGCAAGAACCAAAAAUCCGUCCCGAACCGACUGAUAACAUUCGAGGAGCAUCUUCCUCAGUUCUACAAUGUUCUGGCUCCGCAUCGCCAGGACCUGCGAGACCUGCACGCUAUCCUAAACGAAAGCAGCUUAAGCGCCGAGGGCUCCCGUCUGCAGACCUACGUCGAGCAGCUGAUGCCUCUGCUCCAAGACAACUGGCUGGAGGUGCGCCCGCAGAUACAACAGCCACUGCUCUCCCAGGAUGCUGCCGCCAGUCUCCACGUUGUCGUGGGCCUAAUGACCCUGCUGUGGACGCUGAUUGGCCAGCAUGAAGCCGCCAAUAAUACCACCGACCUCAGCGAAUGGCUGAGAACCAACUACGCCAAGAAAUUCCUCCUCAACUUUCUGGACAAGGACGGUAGUCGCUUUCCCUACCAACAGAUCCCUGGCCCGGCUAAGAAGUCUUCGAAGGAAAAGGGUCCAGCCGAUGGUGGGGAGCUCUGCUUGCCGCAAAAUCUCGGCAUCGUCCAGUUAACCUGCCACUUCCACCCCAAUCCUACCCAGAAACAGGCCCAGCUCUUUGGCCACCUUGUGAACUACCUGCAGCAGAGUCUGCAGCAUCUGGGAUCGAUGCCACCAGAACAGCAGCUCCAGCUGGUUGAGGCCCAGCGCCCGCUGCUCCUGGAUAACGCCAGAGUCCUACUGGACAUUGUGCCCGAACCAUUGACCAAUCUACUGACCGCCUCCAUCAAUGCCUACGUGGGACAGAAGUACACCACGCGCGAGGGUGUGGCCUCCCGGGUUCUUAGCCUGUUCUGCGAUAUCAUAGAACGUGCGGAUCUCUAUAACAGCUACGGAGGCGCCGAACGGUUUGGCUCGUUCCUGGUCUACUUGCCUCAACUGCUCCUUAAGCCGACUGUGGGCGAGGGAACGCUGCGCGCCAUGGCCACUCUGUGCCGGCAGCUAAACGCACUCUUCAUGUCCGCCCUGAUCCAGGCUGCCCCGGAAGUGGUCGACCACCUGGGAAAAUUGCAAGUCACCGGCGACGCGGAGGACGAGGACAAGUUUGAGAACCAGAAGCGCGUCCUCAAUCUCUUCUACUACGCGAGGGACUUGGACAAGCACCGCAAACUGGAGCAGGCCCUAAGGAAAGUGGAGCAAGACGGAAGCCAAGAAGCCGCCAGCUAUCUGAAGGCGGUGUUGAGCUUCAAUUAGGAAGAUAAUUUUAGAUUUUAAGUGACUGUAACUAUCUUAGUUUCUAGGUUUAAGGUUGGCUUAAGACUUGUAUGUGGAACUCCCGCAUAUUCCAGGCUGUCAGUCGUGCAACAAACAAAGCAAAUAGCUUUCGUAGAUUAAUUAUCCUUAACCUUUUCAUAGAAUAUAGUUUAAUCCUACUCUUUUAUGUGGAACUCCCGCAUAUUCUGGCUGUCAGCCGUGCAACAAAUCAACAAAGAAAGCAACUAGCUUUCUUAGAUUAAUUAUCCUUAACCUUUUCAUAGAACAUAGCUUAAUCCUACCCUUAAGGACCCUGUAUAUAAAA